UCCAUCUCUGGCUCCUUCGAUGCUCUCCCCAUCUCAGGGUCAGACCAGCCUUCUUUGACCUGCCUCCCCUUCCUGAUUGGCUGAGCUGAAGGAAAGGAGCGGUAGAAGGGGGAGGGGAGGAGACAGGGAAAAGGUUGGGGAGAAUGAGGUCAGCUGUACCAAGGAGCAGAUGGAGGGGGCCGUGGGGGACAGGGCUUGGGCAGAAACCAGCAGGAGUAUUUCAAAAGGAGAUGUGGGAGGCAGCUGCCCAGAGGUCUUUAGAUUGGGACCUCUGGGGAAAAGAAUGGCAGGAAAGGUUUAAGGGACACGGGUGAGGUGUGACCGGAUCCUCUUGUAUUGUGUGGCUUUCUGUGGGAUGUUAGUGCCAAACUUGUAUAGGGGUAGGGUGCUGUCUUCCACUGACACCCAGAAUCCUUGGUCUUGAGUCCCCCGUCCUUUUCCCCACUUCCGCCCAUGGAAACGUAGUUCUUUUCUGGCCCUUUCCCUGCCUGGUCUAGCAAUUCUUGGAACAGCCAUGCCUUCCAAAUGCUAUCAACCUGAGCCCUGUAAGCGGACGCCCCAGAGCUGGGGUGUGGGGAGGGGGCUGGGGGACCCCAUGAUACAGCCACGGACUCCAAUGCCCAGCCCCUUUCCAAACAAUCCCGUGUCCCCACCCCAACCCUUUGCGGCUCUGUACACAUUUUUAAACCUGGCAAAAGAUGAAGAGAAUAUUGUAAAUAUAAAAGUUUAACUGUUGGUGUGUCUGCUGUGACGUUAGAAGGUGCCGGAGAGGGUACCCAGCCCUGGUUGUGUCUGUCAUGUUAGGUGCUGGUUAGAAGUACCCAACCUUUUUCAGGAAACUCAAGAUCUGAGGGGAAAUAGCAAGAGAGGUUGCCAUAAUGACGGGAUUGGAUGGCUAAGGUAAGGAGCAGGAUGGGCAAAUAGCUAGACACCUGCAUCGCAGCAUCCAGGAGGCUGCUGUAGAGGCCCACAAACUGACCAGCCUUAACUACAUGCAGUGGUGGUGGUGGUGCACACCUUUAAUCCCAGCACUUGGGGGCAUAGGCAGGCGGAUCUCUGAGUUCAAGGCCAGCCUGGUCUACAGAGCAUAGUUCCAGGACAAGCUCCCAAACUACAGAGAAACUUUGCCUCAAAAAGCCAAAAAAAAAAAAAGAUGCUAGACAUGGUGUGCACUGUGAUCCCAGUACUUGAGAGGAAGAGACAGGAGGAAACGGAUUUCAGGUCACUCCUGGCUCUGUGGAGGCCAAGAUCAGAAGCUGUCGGUGGGGUCUAAGAGCCUGGUGUUACCUUAGCAGGAACAGGAGCUGAGGAGAGCAGAUGCUAAUAGACUGGAGAGCCAGCGAGGCUGGCUAGAAGAGACACAUGCAAGGAACAGUUUGCCCUGCCAAGGCCUGGGCUAAGGUCGGAGAGCCAGCCCUGGGCCUAGCGCCUUGAGCAGCAUCUUGGCACAUUGUGAGGGAAAGCCUCAGCAUCAUUGUGACCCGGUCACUCUCAGGGUCAGGCUGGCAGGCCAGUGGGCACUAGGGUUAGUAGAUUGGGGUCCUAAGGGCCCUGGUGGCCCUAGGGACCGCCAUGGCCAUGGCUGAGAGGCCGCGGCCUGAGUGGGCCUCAUAUCAAAACUCCAACACCAACAACUGCCAGGACAUGGGAAAUUCCAUCCUCCUGCUGCUGGGUCUCAUCAUCUGUAUCAACAUCGGCAUCAACCUGGUGACCCUGGUCAGGAGUGGAGGGUGUGGAUAGGGGUGGAUGGGAGGCAGGCCUGGUUACAAGAACCUACUCGUGGUCACCAUGUCCUCCUAUACCUAGCUCUGGGGCCGUCUUCGCAUCAUCCUACACCAAAUGUUCCAUAUCAUUUGUGAGAAAGAAACUACUAAAUUAUCCUCACCUGGGAGGCAGACCCAGCCCUCAAGGAAGCAGACCUGCCCUGAAGUCCAUCUUCGAUGUACUAUGGACCCUGUGAAAAUGACCAUGACCCCGCCAAGAACUCGUCGUCACCGCCGUAGGGCCUCUUCAUCCCGCCGCGCCCGCCGCCCAGCACCUUGGGUCCCUGACGCUGACGAUGAGAAGCACCGGGAAAUCUGCUCCCACCACUGGGAUGGUCCUAAGGACUGGGAAGGUUUCCAACCCGUGCAGGAGAUCUGGGAUCCUUGGACUCAGGAUGGUCUAGAGCAGUCUCCCCAGACCAUCCGCUUCCAGGCACCAGUAGAGGGAAGGCCUCUCAAAAGAGAGAUCCAGUCAGAGCAGGGCCUAGAGGCCUAUGUAUAUACUGUGAACCCCCCACCUCCCAACCCAGAGGCGCUGAGCCAUAAAAACAAUGGGGUGGGGCUGGGGACAGGUGCUGAGGGUGAACAAGGACAGUGUCAGCCUCCCUCACCACCCUUCCUGGGUCCAGCAAACAUCCCUGAGAUACCCCAGCGCCAUUCUUCGGGCCGAAUAGUGUAUGAUGCCCGAGAUGUGAGGCGCCGGCUCCGAGAACUGACCCGGGAGGUAGAGGCUUUGUCUCAUUGUUACCCCUUGGUUUCUGAGUCCAGCACAGCUGAGGGGACAAGCCAGGAUUGGGUGUAUCGUUCCCUGAAGGGAAGAUGACUGGGGGGGGGGG